AUGGAGUACGCUGACCUCUUCAAACAAAAACCAAAAUAUGAUUGCCUUCUUUUUGAUUUAGAUGAUACUUUGUAUCCACUUAGUUCUGGUCUUGCAACAGCAAUUCUACAAAAUCUUAAAGACUACAUGGUCGAAAAGCUUGGCAUAGAACCAACGAAGACCGAUGACUUAUGCAACCUUCUAUACAAGAACUAUGGAACAACUUUAGCAGGGUUAAGGGCAAUUGGAUAUGACUUUGACUAUGAUGAAUAUCACAGUUUUGUUCAUGGAAGAUUACCUUAUGAUAACUUGAAACCAGAUCCAGUUCUAAGGAACAUGUUGUUGAGUCUGCCCUAUAGGAAACUUAUCUUCACAAAUGCAGACAAAGUUCAUGCUCUUAAGGCACUGAGGAUACUUGGAUUAGAAGAUUGCUUUGAAGGGAUUAUAUGCUUUGAGACCCUUAAUCCAAUCCACAAGAACAGUGUUUCUGAUGAUGAAGAUGACAUUUACUUUAUAGGUUCAACAAGCACUACUAAACCAACCACUAGUAAUAGUACAAGCAGCUCUCAAAUUUUUGACAUCAUAAACCAUUUUGCUCAGCUCAAUCCCAGUGGAAUCCUGCCAAAGACACCAGUUGUUUGCAAACCAUCAGAAAAUGCCAUUCAAUUAGCUCUCAACAUAGCCAACAUUAACCCACAAAGAACUUUGUUCUUUGAGGACAGUGUCCGCAACAUACAAGCUGGAAAACGGUUGGGACUCCACACUGUUCUGAUUGGUAAAUCACAAAGAGUUGAAGGAGCAGAUUAUGCAUUGGAAAGCAUCCAUAACCUUACUGAGGCAGUGCCUGAUCUAUGGGAGUCUGACAUAAAAUCAGAAGGCGUAUACACUGGGAACCUUGCUGUGGAGACAACUGUAACUGCUUAA